AUGGCGCCCGAGCGGGGCUGGACCGGCGCCUGCGUGGAGCCCUUUCCGGCCAUGUUCGAAGGCCGCACAUGCCAACUCUUCCCCAACGCAAUGUCUGACACCGAUGGCAAGAAGGUGGACUUCGGGGGUUUGGGCCAGCUCCGGCAGAUCCGCGGGACCUCCAGCGACGGGGUGGAGACCAUCUCCUUCCCGGGGCUGCUGAACCGCACGCGGAGCCCGGGCUUCAUCGCGCUGGUCUCGCUGGACGUGGAGGGCUUCGAGCUGCAGGCGCUGCGCCGCUUCCCCUGGGAGUCCUUCGAGGUGGGCGCCUGGAUCAUCGAGACCUGGGGCGCCCCGCAGAGCAACCACUCGGAUUUCCGCGCCAAGGGGUUGGAGCUGAUCGCGCUGCUGGAGGCCCACGGCUACAGGCGCCGGCCCGUGCAGAACAACGGAGUGGAUGAGUACUUCAUCCGAGACAGGUGGUGGCACCCAAGUCUGGCGGAGCACAAGCUGCGGCAGCAUCCCAAAGGGUCCCAUGGCUGUUGA